UUAGAAUUAAUUUAAUUAUGAAUAAAAACAUCUAAACCGAAAUUAAAGUUUUUUUUUGAAAAAUCCUAGACUUUUCCCUAAUAUUCAAUUUUUGCCUUCUUUUGUUGUAUACAUAGCAGUGCAUCAAUAAAUCGGUUUUUCGGUUAGAUUAGUUGCAGAUAGGUAAAAGCAUAAAUAGGCUACAAAAGAAGAACGUUCAGUAUUAUUAGUGGUCUAUUUUAUCGUAAAACUGUCACUCAAUUAUAAACUAAAAAAAAAUAAUCACUUAUAACGCUAGUUUAUAAGUAAUAUUUAAGACACAUUUAAAGAGACAUAAAAAGGUUGUACAAUAUGUUUAUAACCCACAAGCACUUUUUUAUAAACCACUCUUCAGAAUAAAGUAUGCACACUGAUAUUUCUUCAUUCGACAAUCACAAUUCACUCCAGCUGUAUCAGUAAACAAUAUUUGGUGCAAGUACUUGUUCAAAAUGCAAACAGUGAUUAAAUUAACAAAUUGUAUCAUCCUUUUAACGGUUUUUAAAGCAAUGACACUUACAGUGUCGUGCAGUGGCAGUUACACACGAGGAUUAAUAAAGUACUUAAAGGAUGAAUCGAAAUUGCAUCAGGUAAUGUUUAUCAUUGACGAUCAACUACUAAAUUCAAGUUCAAGCUCCUAUUCUCUGCUCACAGAAGUCUCCAAACACAUUCCAUCGUAUAGUCUUAAUUUUACAAAAUUAAGAUUUGAAUCACAAAACACAUUUCCAUCUGCAUUACAACGACCGAAAGGAAUGACGUUGUUUAUCAUGCUUCUUAAUGGCAAUCGAUCGGAUCUUUGGGACCAGAUGAAUUUUUCACUCAAACUAUUAAAGCAAUUGAUGCAGAAAGAUUCGUAUCCAAAAUGUUUGAUAAACUUCAUUUCUCACACGGAAUCUGAUUUGAUACAGGAAGUUUUAAAAUAUUUCUGGUCCCAAGGUUUUACUGAAAUUGAAGUACUAGAACACUUGCAGGAAAAUCAGAAAACGUUGACAAAAGGAACAGAAAGGCGGUUCAUUUUGCAUGAAAUAAAUGAAUUUGCAAAAGUCUACACAACUCAAACCGUAACAUCGCAGACAAAAUGGUUUCCAAACAAACUGCUUAACCUUAACGGACAUAAAAUCAAAUUUAUCUUAACUACCCUGUAUGACACAAUAGACCAUAGGUAUUACUUCGUCUUACUGAAAUUAUCAAGAAUUCUUACAGAUUCUUUGCGAACCUCUGGUUUAAUUUUAAGAUUUAGAAUUACAGAAGCAUCUGUUCUUUUGAAACUGCUUAACCAUGAAAAUGCAGAAAUGGUGAUAAACAUUUUUAAGGAUUCAAAUACUAACGUGCAUAAUCAACAGCUGCGUGUUAUUGGAUAUAGUUUUGUGAAAGCUAUAAUUCCUAAAGUGGAAAAUCCAUCUAAAGCCUAUAUAAUCUCUCAGGAAUUUGUUCUCAUGGUUGCUGCUACAACAGUUGUCAUUUGUUUUACUCGAAUUAUGGCUUUCCUCAUGAAGUUCGACAAGAGCACUUGGCAAAUUUUUAACAUUAGCCGAAUUGUAAUUGGGAUGUCUGUUGACAGAGAACCGAACAAAGUAACAGAAAGAAUUGUUUUUGGCUCAUUAAUACUGAGUUGCAUCGUCUAUUCAGGCUACUUGUUCUCAGUAAUCUUGGACGUCACUUUUCGAAACGAACCUGAAAUUUCAAGUCUUGAGGAACUUGCUAAUUCAUCUUUGACGCCGAUGUUAACCUCCUACACAAAAAACUCAUUGUUACUAAGCUCAAUCAGUUACAUUCGACAAUUGGGAAUGAAAUCUAUCGAAUGUCCUGGUCGAGGAUAUGCUUAUGAUUGCUUGACCUACUUAGCGAAGUAUGGAAAUGUAACUUUUAUUACUGAUGAAGCUGAAAGUUAUGUUAUGAAAUUCAAGCAACAGGUACAAGAUAUAAAAGUUAAAAUUUUGCAAGAACCUUUGGCCUUCUAUAGUCAGUCUUGGAUCUCGAGAAAUGGAUCUCCUUUUCUCGAUCAUUUUAAUAAAGUUAUAUUAAAAGCUUCAGAAGCUGGUUUACUAACGAAGUUGUUGCCCUUGAAUAACUGGAGCAAAAGUACGAUUUUACCACCAGAACAGAUCGCUAAGGAAAAGUUAUUUCUGAUCGUCUCUCACUUGCUUGUUAUCGGAUACACUCUGGCAACAAUAGUUUUCAUUGCUGAAAUGGUAUACAGCAUCAUAUGGCGCAAAGUAAAUUACUUUUGUCGUCACUGGUUAAAUGGUUAAGAGCAUUAUACAGAACAGAUAAUUGACAAAAAAAUUACUUUAGUAAAUUACUUUGUGCAACUAAUUUAAAACAAAAAU